GUUCGCUUUUCGAGCCGGGGAUUCUCGAGAAAUUAACACGGGAGUCGAUAGUCUACUUGUUUGGUGGGAGGGAGAAAUAAUGUGAAUGGCUAAGAAAAGCGAAAUGUCGUGGAGCCAUGAUGGGCGCCCAAGACUGGGCCGACCGGCUAAAAAUGAAUGUCUACAUAAACUGAGAUACCGAGAAGAAAUAUUAAAAAAUAAUCCAACAUUUCAGCGAAUUCGUUGCUAAUGAAUAUAGAUGUGUAUUAAGGCUUUACUUUGUCACAACCUGCCUCGAUAUCUUGAGAGCGAUUGAAGAUGUCGACGCUGCAGUGGCAAUGCGAGCUAGUGACCUGAAAUAGUUACAUUGUAACACCGAUCAAACAAAGGAAUAGCUCCGCGUUUGAUACAAUGUUGCUAUUAGUCAGCUAAUAACAAGCUAUAAUGUGUUACUGUUUCUUGUCACCGUUUACAAUACGAUAACCUCUAUGAUAACCAGUAUGCCUCUGUUCCCUUUUCUAUGUUCUCAAGAAUUGGAAAAGUGAGUAUGAUUCCGACGUGUAGCCUAACAUUAGUAAAAUGUGGUUUAGGCUAUUGAUUAUUCCUCUAAUGACAUACAAAUCUAAACGUUUUCGUUGCAACGAUGCAGUCUUUAUAGCCUUUCCCACCCCCACACGGCCCCACUCCAAAGGCAGUCAUUGAAUGAAUACCUUAGAUUUCCUCUCACUCACACGUUGCUCUUGCAUGCUCCGUGGGGAGGAUCCAACAGGAAGUGAAGGCACUUUAGACUACUUAUGAAGCUGCCACCAUUUAGGCUACUGUAAGCAUACUGUACCCUAUUCCCAAACGUGUUGCUUUUCUGCUAGGUCUGUAUGGCGUAUUAGGCUAUAAUGUUUGUUUGUUCAUUCAUGGCUGGCGGCUGCUGAAUGGAUGAACAUUCUAAUCUAAUCACGACAGUUUUUGGUCUUAUUCUCACCAAGGAAGGUGAGUUACGUAGGGUUUCAUAUAGGCCACCAAUAGACACACCUGUAAUGCACAAAAUAUUUUUCUGAAUGGUGAAUUCAUCAGGAUUUGAAUAAUAGUAACACAAAUAUAUUUUUAAAAAAUCAUUUAAAGCACAUUGCUCAGCAAUAGUACAGCCAAGUUUGAUAUUAGUAGGCCUAAAAACAAUUGGGGGGGGACAUGGAAAUUGGUAUAAGGAAAUGUAUUUCCUGUUUCACAAUGCUACUGCAUGAAUGUUGCAUGGUUCGUCCUCCUUCAUCAAAACCACAGCUGCAUCCCGCACUGCUAAUGACUGUGGUUGGUUAUGUUGUGUAGACAUACUGUAUAGAAUCUGAUUCUCUUUCUAUGCGGUGUACAUAGAACCCACCGGAUUUGUCCCACAUUGCACCCUAUUCCCUUUAUAGUACACUACUUUUGACCAGAGCUCUAGCACUAUAAACGGAAUAGGGUGCCACUUGGUCCGCUCCACAGUGCGAGUUGGUCUUACCUGCAUUAGUUCUGACUGAGCAUGCCAGUGCUGUUACUGUUAUCAUCACCACAACACAUCAUUCAUUCACCAAGGCUGUCCAGUAACCUUGCUGAGUGAUCAUAUUACAUGCUUUGCCCUUUAAGGUUAUGCAGAAACCUUUUCAGUUUGCUUGCAGAAUUUGCAUGUUGGUAUAUGCUGUCAUUAUUGCCAUUUGCUUGUAAUGGUCAUCUUUACAGUUUCAACAUUUCGAAGUAGUCAACUGGGUGGGACUUUCUAUCGGUUAAAGAGGCAUCACAUAAUUCCAUCCAGGUAACCAGGAGGACUCAGCCAAUGAAUUAUACUCCAAUUGGCUUGUUCAUCCCCCCUCCUCUCCCCUGUAACUAUUCCCCAGGUCGUUGCUGUAAAUGAGUUGUUCUCUCUCAAUUGACCUGUUAAAAUAAGGGUACAACAAAUAAAUAAAAUGAGCAAGCAUUACAUAACUGCAGGUGGCAGUAAAUCGCCAACCGUGGCUUAAUACCUGUUCAAACAACAGGCUCCAGGUGGCAGUAUGCAUCCUUUCAGUUUGUUUACCAACUCGUAGCAGUAAUAAAAUAAGGAAAUUGACUACUUCAAAAUGGAGAUGGCCUCAAUGGCGCAGCCCAUUUUCUCACAGACUCCAUAAUGGGAAAGAUACUAUGUUGUGGUGUCCUCUACCUCUAUGUAGACCUGAAUAGAAGUAGUCCAGAGACAUGCUGGUUAAAGGGAUGUUUAUCUACUAUGGGUAGCCUCAGAAGUCUGAGAAUCACAAGAACUCCAGAAUGUAACAUUGGACAUUAGGAGUUGUGUUCAGAAGGCAUGGAAUGGGAGUAAAACUUGUGAUAGCGGCACUAGCCUAUAUUACUUAGUGUACACUUUGAAUACUUUUUUCUCUUGUGUUCUUCAAACACAACCAGUGAAGUGGACAUCAUCCAUCGUUCAGUUCAUUUUUCAUAAUCUGUUGGUCUGCUUGAUCUGGUUCUUUUCACAUUCUUUUCCGCUCUCUUCCUUUCCUGCAUGCCUAAAAGCAUUCUGGGAUUGGUCCGUUGAAUUCUCUCUUAGCUCUGUUAAACAGAGAUUCGCUUCAUGAUGCCUCAGAGGAACCCCUUGUGUUCAGCAAUGGAUCAGUCCGAUCCUGAUCUCCCUUCCAGACGCUGCCAGGUGGACUGUGCCACUGAGGUGGCAGUGGAGGGAGGUCAGAGGAACGGGGGUGGUGCUGCUUCGUCCUCCCCAGAGAGUAGCAGUGUGAAUGGAGACGGCAAUGGGAAACGCAGUGGGAAGAGGCGUCGCCGUCGUAAACGCUCCGCUCAACCCGAUAACCGCCCGGCUCCUGUUGCCAUGAUGACUCCGCUGCCACCACCUGGCCAGGAGAAAGGGGAGCCACCCCAGCUUUGCCAGAAGGGCAGUAGCCGCACCUCUCCUGACCCUGCUCCUGACUCCCCCGGCGCGGUCCUGCUUGGCUUGCGGUCUGAGUGUGGUUCAGUGUGGUUUGACCGCAGUGUGUAUGAGCAGGCUGAGAGUCUGUAUCAGUGCUGGUUGGCACACUCUGCCAACGGGUCGAUGACACGGCCCAUCGGCUCACCCCCAACGCUGACGACUGACAACCACCCCACCUCCCCUCAACCCUCACUAUCACCCUCACCCCAAGCCCCGAACCACCCCAGCAACCAUCCACCCAUAGUUGCCAAAGAGCAUUGCAUUGUUGCAGAGCCACUGCAGCCAACAGCCCCAGAAUUCCUAGCCAUCCCUGCCAACAGCCCCAGCACACCAGCCACGCCAGACGAGGGGUACCUGUCCCUGGCCCAGACCCCCCAGGCAGCCUCCACAUCUCCACUGACCCCGGCCCCUGGCCAGCCAGUGAAUGGGCUCCCCCGUCUCCCCAUGGAGCUGCUGAGGGACGUGUGGCUGGAGAAACCUCUCUACGACCGGGCCGAGGCAGCCUUCUACCAGAGCCUCUAUGGAAACAACCGCUCUCCCACCGGCAACAACCUGGGUGGUGGAGCUUCCACCUCACGUACCAACCCCAACGCUCCCUCAACCUCCAGAGGUAGUGGAGACCACCCACAGAGUCUUGUUGAGGAAGAAGAGGAGGAGGAGGAGGAAGAAGUGGUAGAAGAAGAAGCCGUGGUCUCACAGGGGAAGCUAGAAGUCUUCCACGCUCUGCGCACCAUUCAGGAGGAGGAGGAGCCUGCUGACGUCGCAGAGGAGGAAGGUGGGGCCAUGUCGAUGAGAGGAGUCUGCUACUUCCUGCAUCCAGACAGCGAGAGGGUUUGGCUGGACCAGAGACGCUACGAGGCUGCAGAGAGCCGUUUCUACAGUUACCGUCAGAUUGUACCUGCUGAGUCAACAGUAGCAGACAGAGAGGAGGGGGCUCGUGGGCAAGAAGAUGCUGUGGUGUCGGCAACAUUGUUACCACAACCGUCAUCGGUCGCCUGCACCGGCCCUCUGAGGGACAAGUAUGACCCAUCCCAGGAGACUGGACCUCUACAAACACAGCCAGCUUCAUUUACUCCUACUCCUUUUUUCCCCCCUUAUUUUUUUCUCAUUUUUGGUUUUGUCUGUGUCUUGAUUUGGUUCAUUUGAUUGUUUCACAUAAUUUAUUAAACUUUGUUUGGCUUGCUCAUUUGUCUCUUUUGUUUUAUUUGGUUUUUAGAUGUUAUCCUUUUCCAUUAUUUUUUUUGCAUGCUUGAUUUAUUUUACUCAAUGUUAGUGGUUUUCAAAGAUGUAGCUUACUUCUAAGGAUGAUGUUAGUGUGGCGUUGACGGGGAAAGAGAAUUGGUCUUGUCUGUAAAUAGUGGAACACAGAUGGUUAAAACAGAGGGAUACAAGCUUUCUGGUGGACUGAAUGUUACUUUACUAACCAUUUGUUAUCCUGUCUCUCUCUGUGCCUCUCUCUUUGUCCGUGU